UUCGACUCUUUCACUGUAGAGCUUCACCACCAGAUGUCCUAUAUAUAUGAACUAGGAGGUCUUGAUCUGUUGUGAACUGCACUUGGCAUGCCCUUUCGGUAUGAUUAUAUACACUGUUCCCAACACUCGGAGCACAGCGAGUGAACGCAGAUGCCUACAGUGACGUCGACACUUGCUUCGCAGUGUACAGCCGCUGCCGGCUCUACAAGACUUUUUUGUCCCAUUCUUACCCUGAGUAUAGGUGGGUGUUCAUCCAGUUUAUCGCUGCUGCUGCUGCUGCUGCUAGGUUUCAUCCCCUUGAUCAUUUAGGGAGCUGCCCUACCUGCCUCCCUUCACCUGUGGCCUUUCCAGGGUACGGUACCUACAGGGUAAAUGCCACCCUACGGUACACUCUUCUAGCUAUAUUCUCUUCUCAUUACUAGCCUUUUAACUCACCUCCUACCCUCCAUGUUGGACGGGACAUCUUCCAGUCUAGCCCACCGGCUGCAAAACGCAAGCCUUAUUGUUCUCAGCCUCGUGUUUCUCCCCCUCGACACAAUCAUCCUCGUUUUAUCUUUUCUUCUCCACCAACCCCUAUUGUUCGGGGACAAAGCCACAAAGUCUCGCUCCGUGGCACACAGCAAGCAUGGCUUCCAUCGACGCACCAUCCUCGUGACGGGCGUGGGCAUGACCAAAGGUCUCGUGCUCGCCAGACUGUUCUAUGAAGCCGGCCACGACGUGAUCGGAGCAGACUUUGAACCCUUUGGAUCCGCAUCGCUGGUUUGUGGUCGAGUAUCGCGAUCGUUGAAGAAAUUCUACCGCCUCCGCAAUCCACACAACACCGCCAACCAGAGGAGCAGCAGUCCAGACCCCGUUCCCGACCCGGGACCAUACAUCCAGAGGCUUCUGGACAUUAUUACGCGGGAAAACGUCGAUUUGUGGGUAAGUUGUUCGGGGGUAUCGUCUGCCCUCGAGGACGGUAUGGCCAAGGAAGUGGUCGAGGCCCGGACGGGAUGUCGAGCAAUUCAGUUUGACGUGCGUACCACGCAGACACUGCAUGAGAAGCACACGUUCAUCGAAUACACGAAGUCAAUGGGACUCACUGUGCCCGAAACCCGUGAGGUCACAUCCCGUGCGGCAGUGGAGGAGAUACUGCGACGAAACAACAACAACAAACGCAAGUAUAUCCUCAAGACAAUCGGUGUAGACGACGCUGUCCGCGGUGACAUGACUUUAUUGCCGAGAUCUUCACCGGAGGAGACGGCACGACAUCUUGCCCGUCUCAACAUUUCGCCCGAGUCGCCGUGGAUCUUGCAGCAGUUCAUCCGCGGCAAGGAAUACUGCACGCAUGCGCUGGUGGUUUGCGGCAAAGUCAUGGCAUUUGUCGCCUGUCCCUCGGCAGACUUGCUCAUGCACUAUGAAGCUCUACCGGCAGAUUCGCCUUUGAGCCAGGCAAUGCUCAAGUUUACGCAAAGAUUUGCUGCUUCUGCUGCUGCGGCCGGUGACACCGAAUUUACUGGCCAUCUCUCGUUUGACUUUAUGGUCGAACAUGGUGAUGGGGACGGUAACCGCAGCACAGAUGAUACCGCCAGAAAAGGAGAAACACCGAAAGAUGAGCCAGGCUCCAUCACUCUAUAUCCCAUCGAAUGUAAUCCCAGAGCCCACACCGCAGUGGCUUUGUUCAAUGGGACACCGGAGCUGGUGGACAAAUACCUCUCUGUGCUGGAAAACACCACCUCAAAAGAAGCACAUGACGAUGUUGAUGACCAUUUCAACCGUACACCGCAAUCGGAAACAAAUGGCCUUGUUCGUCAAGCUGGUAACGAGGUGGGUGAUAAUGAUCAUGUUGUCACCCCCACAAGAACCGACAAAUACUACUGGAUCGGCCACGAUCUCGUCACCUUGCUGAUCCUCCCGACGUUAUCGUUUCUGACAGCACUCGACCAGUCCCUGUCCCUGCACGAUCUAUUUCGGGCUUAUCUAUCGUUCUUCCGUCAUCUUUUCACGUGGCGGGACGGCACUUAUGAAUCGUGGGACCCUCUCCCUUGGUGGUGGCUGUACCAUGUCUAUUGGCCAGCGAGAUUCUGGACGUGUUUGCGCACAGGCACGAAAUGGAGUCGUGUCAAUGUUAGUACCACUAAAGUGUUUCAAUGUUAAGCAUGAGGGUCCAUAAUAUCUGACCGAGCAGAGACCGCUAGGUCUCGUUUUUGGGGGGAAACAGUAAAAGGAAAGUCGUAUGAACCAGCAGGAAUGGGCACUACCGCCUUCCAAUUAACAGAGCGGCUGGUUUACUUCUCGAACUUUUCAUUUGAUGUAUAUUGUAUUGUUUCUGAUUCAAUACCACGGCAUCUGGAUUUUGUAGUUGGCCUGAUAAGGCCAUACAAUGUUGCAGAAGGCCGUAAACCAGACAACCAGCCUCCGUCUGAUCAUUCACCAGCGGCGGCGCAAACGGCAAUGCAAAGCCAGGCUAUGAUUUGCUUCUUUAUACGUAUCCUGUAAACAAGAAGCAAAACUCGUCAGCAACCGAAUUGCAACUCAUAAUGGCGACGCAAACAGAUGUGACCAUCAACGCGAAAACACACAACCCCGAAAACAACAAUUACCGUCGAUUUCGGCAAGUGCGUUCUACCGUCCCCAUAUUUGAGGGCCGGAAUGCACCAAAUGCAAAUCGGGCAGAAAGGGACUUUUUGCUGUUCACUCACCUUUCCUAGCGCCCUGGAAAAAGAACCUGACCACCAAGACCUGCAAGGCAGCCAUACCGACCAUCAUCAACACCUCGAUCAGACUGAAAUUGAAAAUCCGCUGUUCCGUACUCCGGACAGUACUAAAGUUGCGGUUCUCCCGGGUCCGGAAAUACUUUUGCAUCCUGCUGAUCGUGCUCAACUGGCUGCUGAUUUUGUACACCAUGUUUUCGAGCUCUGAGGUUUGUUCGGGCGACGAGCCUGCUUUUUGGGGGAGGAGUGCGGAUGUGGAUUCGUCUUCGACCUGUAGCAAAAUAAGAAAGCGAGGUCAGUAAAUGUAGGUUCUAAGGAGGGUCAAAUUUGGGGAGUGUGGUCUGGCGCACCGCAAUUUCAAAAUCCACCAUCUUGUCCGCAAAUGUCGACAUUUCGUUGUUAAAGCAGAACCGGUA